AUGGAUGAGGGCUCUGAUAAAGCCCCUCGGCGGAAGAGGGUCUCAAGAGCAUGCGACCGCUGUCGCAGUAAAAAGGACAAAUGUGACGGAAUUCGUCCCACCUGUUCCGCCUGUCAGGCCUCGGGCCAAACCUGCUCCUAUGAUCCCCAUGCGAAGAAACGCGGUCUGCCGGAAGGUUAUGUGCGAGGUCUCGAGAAGCUAUGGGCGCUAUCCAUCUGCAAUAUCGACGGGUUCGAAGAGACCAUGUUGUCUAUGCUGGGAACAACGUUGGAAUCGGCCGGUCGUCGCGGCAAGGUGAUGUCGGUCUGGACGGACGACAAUAACUCGGAGAGUUUACACGAGACGUGGAAGACGAGUCGCCUAUUCAGUGCUCUCGAGAAGAUGCUGUCGAACUCCGAACCCGUUCCCACCACCACCGGAAAGCGGUCGCGCAACCCCAAUGAGGACUAUGGGGAUGGGCCGGAUAAUCAAUGGGGGUUUCGGGUUGGUCGAGAAAUGACUCCCUUGGGCGCCGAAGCACCGCGCGUGGUUGGACCGUCAGGUCUCUCUCCAACCGCGAAACGAGCCCGCCUCGCACAGGCCCCGGACAACCGUGGCUCCCAAUUAAGCAGUAGCCCCCAUACCCUCCAGCUGCCACCGCAGACCUCACAGCUCCUCGAUAUCUACUUCGCGACCACGCACUCGUGGUUUCCCAUCGUUGCGAAACACAACAUCCUUCGCGCGUCCUACCUCUACGCCAAUGCGCCCUUCUCAGUGGCCACAACGUCACCGGGGUCAGGAGACCAUGCUACGUUAUGGGCCAUUUUGAGCUACACCAUCACUCAAUCCCGAACCGAUCCGCGAGCCCGUCCAGUGGGGGCUUUGUCUCUCGCAAGAGAAUACUAUGCCGUGGCUCGGAACCUUAUUCCCUUGGAGAAAGAACGCUAUGAGCUUGGUCACAUCCAGGCCCUACUUUUACUAACAUUGGUGAAUAUGGGUCUAGAAGACUGGACGGCUUCGUGGUUGUUAAGUGGACAGGCAGUUCGAAUGGCCAUCGCUAUGGGCUUGGGAUCCAUGACAGAUACUCGUCGCUCGGAUGAACUGAGACAGGGCAAAGCCGUCUUCUUGGGUUGCUUUGUGAUCGACUCGUUGCUAUCGUUCCGCCUCUCUCGAUCGCCGGCAAUGUCCUCGAAUGACUUGGCCACCGUGGGUCUUUUGGAAGAGGACGGAUUGGAGGAAUGGAAUUCGUGGGUCGACGUACUCCCUCCCACCGGUGUUGCUCAUGGCAAGAACCCCCCUCGCAGAGGUCCGCUGCUGGCCUUGAGCUGCUUCAAUCGAUUAGUCGAAUUGGCGAGUGUUCUCAAUAAGACCUCGCGCAACCUGGCAAUGGGAUACAAGCCCGCCUCUUUCGCACAACAGUUGGUGGCAGAUCUCAAGCAGUGGGAAGAUGGGUUACCUCUUGGAUGUCGAUUGAUCGGACCAGAGAGUAUCUACCCGGACCGACACUCGGCUUUGCUGCCACACCAGACCUACCUAGGGUUGACCUACGUGGCAACGCUUCUUUGGCUCUAUUUGCGCCUGAUCCCCGGGGAGCAGGGGCUACAUCGAACUCAGCGAGCCGCAACAGAGGGGGCCAAGAAGCUGUUGUAUCGAGGACUAUCCAUGAUUUCGCAGCAUCUGGAAAACUUCCCCAUGUGUGGACUUCCGCCCAUUUUCGAAUUCGCCAUGCGCACGAUCUCCGAACAGGCCUUUUCGCUACGACAAACCGUGGAUUCUUCGGACAGCUUCCCCUUUGCCCAGUGGGCAGAGGAGUUCCAACAAAAGACGACUGCGUUAAUUCCGACAUGGCCAGUGUAUGGUUCAUUGGUUUCUUCAAUGGACCGUUGGCAACAGCCACAUGAAUAUACUGGACCGCAACCGGGAUUCCCGGCCGUUGUUCCCCCUGCAAUGCCCGGGACUGCUCCCCUCGCUCCCAUGCAGCCGGCCGGUGCACAGGGUAUGCUUCCACAUGACCAAGGGAGCUAUGCUUCGUCUAUCCUCGGUAUUAGCAUUCCGGUCGAUGGCCAGUCAUUGACACCCAAAGACACCGUCAUGGAGAACACCGAAAUGUCCAUGAUGGAUGUGCCCUUGCAACAGGCGCCACCGCCACCGCCGAUGGAUGCACGCUCGAUUCUUUCAGAUAAAGUGACCCCUCGCAGUGGACCCGAUGUGAUGUAUCCGCCCGGUAGCGCUCCCCCACAACCACAUACUCCGGACUCGGCCACCUCCAACCCGAUGAUGGGGAAGCCUCCCACAAGUGAUCGGCCCGGCCCGACCAGCGAUAUGGGAUUCAACCCUGCCGGGAACGGAGACCUUGACGCGAUUUUCAAAGACCUAGCCUACUUGGACACCACUGAAUGGUCUAAUAACCGUGAAGCCGGCCUCAAAGACUUUGGAUUUCUGGACGACAGCACCUUCCAGGCCUUCUGUCACGAUCCUGAUCGACUGGUAGGAUCACAACCUCUUGUGCAUCCACCAUCUAUCGCGGACAUCUGGCCACCUCCCGGGUUUUUCCCGGAAAUGUUCCAAGAAGUCCCAGAGAAGACCAUGAACGGCUGA